AGUGCGCCCGGGCGGCUGUCAGGAUGAGGAGGCGGCGGCGGCCGGCGGCCUGGCCCCACGGUUCCCGCGGCGGCCCCGGCGCCCGCUGAGGCCGCGCCUGUCCCGGCCCCGGCCCCGCUGUCCGCUCGGGCCGCUCAUGGCGCAGCCGGGCCCUGGAGGAGGAGAGACCGCUUCCGAUGUUUCUCUUCAACAACGGGUGGCGGAGCUGGAAAAAGUCAACGCAGAAUUUUUACGUACAAAGCAGCAACUCGAGCAAGAAUUUAAUCAAAAGAGAGCCAAAUUUAAAGAGCUGUAUUUGGCCAAAGAAGAGGACCUGAAAAGACAGAAUGCCGUCCUGCAGGCAGCACAAGACGACCUUGGGCACCUCCGGACACAGCUGUGGGAAGCCCAGGCCGAGAUGGAGAACAUCAAGGCCAUCGCCACGGUGUCAGAGAACACCAAACAGGAAGCGAUUGAUGAGGUGAAGAGGCAGUGGCAAGAAGAGGUCGCCUCCCUGCAGGCUGUCAUGAAAGAGACAGUCCGUGACUAUGAGCACCAGUUCCACCACAGGCUGGAGCAGGAGCGGACACAGUGGGCCCAGUACAGAGAAGCCGCAGAAAGGGAGAUCGCUGAUUUACGCAGGAGGCUGUCUGAAGAGCAGGAGGAGGAGAAUCUGGAGAACGAGAUGAAAAAGGCCCAAGAGGAUGCAGAAAAACUACGUUCUGUGGUGAUGCCGAUGGAGAAAGAGAUAGCAGCUCUGAAGGACAAACUGACGGAGGCCGAGGAGAAGAUUAAGGAACUAGAAGCCUCUAAGGUGAGGGAGCUGAAUCACUACUUGGAAGCAGAGAAGUCCUGUAGGACCGAUCUUGAGAUGUAUGUGGCUGUCCUGAACACCCAGAAGUCUGUCUUACAGGAAGACGCGGAGAAGCUUCGGAAGGAGCUGCAUGAAGUUUGCCGCCUGUUGGAGCAGGAGCGCCAGCAGCACAACCAGCUCAAACACACCUGGCAGAGGGCCAACGACCAGUUCUUGGAGUCACAGCGGCUGCUCAUGAGAGACAUGCAGCGCUUGGAGGUGGUGCUCACCUCGGAGCAGCUGCGGCAGGUGGAAGAGCGCAAGAAGAGAGAUCAGGAGGAAGAUGAGCAGGAGAGACUUAGGAAGAAGAAAGAGCCGGAAAAGACAGACACUGAAGAGGAGGUCAAGCUUCCUGUGGUCUUUGCUCUGACACAGGAUGAGGCGUUCCCUCCCUCUGAGGAGGAGCAUUUAGAUAGUACCCAUGGCUCCGUCCAUUCAUUAGAUGCUGACUUGCUGCUGCCAGCAGGCGAUCCAUUCGGCAAACAGGACGGCGACAUGUUUAAAGAUGGACUCCGGAGGGCGCAGUCCACAGACAGUCUGGGGACUUCCGGAUCAUUGCAGUCCAAAACUUUGGGGUAUAACAACAAAGCAAAGUCUGCUGGGAACCUCGAUGAGUCUGAUUUCGGGCCGCUGGUGGGAGCAGAUUCAGUGUCUGAGAACUUUGAUACGGCCUCUCUGGGCUCCCUGCAGAUGCCAAGUGGGUUUAUGUUGACCAAAGACCAGGAAAAGGCCAUCAAGGCAAUGACUCCUGAACAGGAAGAGACCGCUUCCCUUCUUUCCAGCAUCACCCAGGGCGCGGAGAGCACCUAUGUGUCUCCCAGCGGCUACCGCCUCGUCAGUGACACAGAGUGGAAUCUCCUACAGAAGGAGGUACAGAAUGCUGGGAACAAGCUGGGCCGGCGAUGUGACAUGUGCUCCAACUAUGAGAAGCAGCUGCAGGGCGUCCAGAGCCAGGAGGCUGAGACCCGAGAGCAGGUGAAAAAGCUUCAGGUGAUGCUGAGGCAGGCCAACGACCAGCUGGAGAAGACAAUGAAGGAUAAGCAGGAACUGGAGGAGCUGAUGAGGCAAAGCUCUGAGGAGUCGGAGCGUCAGAUCUCAGCCCUGGCGCUCAGAACCCAGGAGUCCGAGCUUGCGCUGGGUGAGCUUCAGCACGCAUUCUCAAAGGCUCAGAGGAGCGCCCAAGAGCAGAUGGGUGUGCUCAUGCAGUCGCGGGAGCAGGUCUCAGAGGAGCUGGCGAGGUUGCAGAAGGAGAAUGAGAGCCUGCAAGGGAAGCACGGGCUCCACUUGGCCUUGCAGCAAGCCGAGGACUUUGUGCUCCCGGAGACCAUGGAGGACCUGCGUGAGCUGGUGCUGAAAUACCGGGAGAACAUGGUCAGUGUGAGGACCGCCGCCGACCACGGAGAGGAGAAACUGAGGGCCGAAAUCCUCUUCUUAAAGGAACAGAUCCGAGCCGAGCAAUGUUUGAAGGAAAACCUGGAGGAGACGCUGCAGCUGGAGAUUGAGACCUGCAAGGAGGAAAUCGCUUCUAUCUCUAGCCUGAGAGCGGAAUUGGAGAGGACGAAAGCAGACAAGGAGCAGUUGGAAUCCACCUUGCGAGAGAGAACGGAACAGCUGGAGAGCCUGCGGGAGACGGAGAUGACCCUGGGGGAGCAACUGAAGAGAGAGACUGUGGCCAAGACAAAUGUGGAGCAGCUGAUGCUGGAGGAGAAGAACAAGGCACAGCGUCUGCAGACAGAGUUGGAUGUCAGCGAGCAGGUGCAGAGAGACUUUGUCAAACUGUCCCAGACACUGCAGGUCCAGCUAGAGCGGAUCCGGCAGGCUGACUCCUUGGAGAGAAUCCGCGCCAUCCUGAAUGACACAAAACUGACGGACAUUAACCAGCUUCCUGAGACAUGACCACCUCACCCCGAGACUCCCAGACUGCAGUUGGGGUUUUUAACUCAUCUUUAUAGCAAUGUUAAUUAUUAUUUAACUCUUAACGAAAGGAGCUGAGGAGAACAGGGAAGGAGGAAAGACUCUGUGGGGCCGGCCGGGCGGGAGAGGACGUCUUAGGACCUUGGCGGCCCUCCGGAGGUUGGCAUCCAGCCUCCCUUCAGGAGAGCCUGGCUCACGGAGGCUUGUGGAACAUUGCCCCAAGUGGCCCAGUGGCUUUGGGAAUUCCUAUUGAUGGUCACCAGUAGGUGGGAGAACAAAGAGCCCCCCUUGUUUUCUGUUGGAAUAGGGCUAGUCCAGAACAGUAUUCGGCUAAGAGACAGGGUAAGUCUGCUGGAUGAAUAUUUUAUAUUAAAAUAUGAAUUUGUGAGCA